GCUCUCCCUUCCUCGCUUCGGCGUUCUCACCGAGGACUCUCCGGCGAUGGUCGGAACUGGGAAACGCCGGCAGGAGUGGGGGCUUUUGGUGUUUGGCAUGAUGAAUUCUGGUGUUUUAUUUUGUGGAAUAAAAAGGAUCUAGUUUGUAACAUAUGUGGUGAUGUUGGCUACGCAGACUAUAUUGCAACUUGUUGUCACUGCAAGCGAGUCUCAGAACAUAUCUAUUGUAUGCAAAACAAACUUUAUGAGAUCCCUGAAACAUGGACUUGUGAGCAAUGCCCAUCUGUUGUUUCGAAGUGUAAAAAAAUUGAGAUUACAUCUUCGAACGUGAAAAGGUUGAAACCUGAUGAUAAACAAAGUUACAAGGAAAACUUUCGGCAACAUAAGGCUCAGCUGCUGCAACAUGAGCGGAUUGGUCCCUCAUCAGUGAAGGCUCACCCUGCUGAUAGAAGAACUUCAGUUACUAGGGAUGUACAAAAACAAUUAACUGGCUCUGCUUUUCCAAGUCCAAGCACAAUUGACAAGGCUGCGGAGAAGUGUUUGCCUGUUAAAGAUGUUUCGGCACAGACAUUUGGGGGAAAAUCAACAGUGUCCAAUAUAAGUCCGAGCCUGGGUGCUUCAGUUGCUCGAAUGAAUCAGCAUAAAAUCAUAUGUUCCAAGAAUUUGAACCUGUGCAAGACCCUCUAUCAGCCAAAAGAGGAAGAUACUGAUGCUAAUGAAAAGUCAGGGAGCGUGUGUAAUUAUGGAACUUCAGGGAAAGAUUCUCUUCCAGCUCUGAUUAAGACUGAGCCUUGCGAAGAGGGCACAUAUCCCCAAAUGUGCAAGCCCUUGGAUCAUACGGAUCAUAUACUAUCUGCAUACUGUGCUGAUGUGCCUACCUUGGGUAUUAACAAUGCUCCAUAUCAUUCACCAAUCAAGAAGUGUUCUGGUCAAAACAUUCAGAAAAGAAGCUGCCCUUACUGGUUGUAUCAGAUGGUGCACCUUCAAACUUCUUUUCAACAGAAACUGCAUGGAUGGGAGAACUUGAAAUUUUUGGUGUCGUUCCUUAUGUUUGUGAAGGAGUCGAAGCUCGUCUUCCAAGUAAAGUAUGCCUUUUUGCAUAUGAGCAAUUGAAACAGAUGCCGAUUAAAGUAAAAUUGAAGCCUGUGCACCGCUUGGAUGUCUGGCCAAAACCUUUUCCAAGUGGAUCCUCCUAUGGUUGGUGACAUCGCGUUCUUUCUCUUUCCUUGUGAAUUCCAAAGGCUCAAAGAGAAGUACUCUCAACUCAUUGAACAAAUGAGCAGUGGCGAUUUAGCAUUGCAAACUCGUAAGGAUGCUGUUGAAUUGCUGAUAUUUACAUCUAAAGAGCUGCCCAAGGAUGCCAACUUCACAGGAUUUCCUGUGAAAAACUUCUUGUGGGGAGUAUUUCGACACUUAAAACCGAAGAAGCAAUGCAACUAACAAGCAACAGAAGAAGAAGAAGGUGAGAAUAUACCAGUAUUUGUGCAGCAUUACUUGAAAGUGAAUAUGCUAGAUUUCCUUCAUGUAAAACCUUUUCAAUGCUUCAGAGACAAAGCAUUUACUCUUUGUUUUUUCA